CGUCUCCCAGGCGACGGGCCCCGCGCCAAGAUGGCGGACGACAGGGACCGAGAAGGUACAGAGGCAAUUGUAGCAGAUUUUCACAAAAAAAUCAAAGAUGCCUUUGAAGUAUUUGACCAUGAAUCAAAUAAUACAGUGGAUGUGAGGGAGAUUGGGACGAUUAUCAGGUCAUUGGGAUGCUGCCCCACUGAAGGAGAGUUGCAUGACUUGAUUGCUGAGGUAGAGGAAGAAGAGCCCACUGGAUUCAUUCGAUAUGAAAAGUUUCUUCCAGUGAUGACCAAGGUUCUUUUGGAAAGAAAAUACAGACCAAUCCCUGAAGAUGUCCUUCUUCGAGCUUUUGAGGUUUUAGAUACGGCUAAGCAUGGAUUUCUGACUAAGGAGGAACUGAUCAAGUAUAUGACUGAAGAAGGUGAGCCCUUUUCUCAAGAGGAAAUGGAAGAAAUGCUGUCUGCUGCAAUUGAUCCAGAAUCAAAUUCAAUUAAUUACAAGGAGUACAUAACAAUGAUGGUGAUAGAUGAAAAUUAAAUGCUCUCAAGACUGAA